AUGGUGCCUCUCCGUGCGCUGCUGACCCUCGCGUGGGCACUCCUGGCCCUCGCGUCCCCCGCGUACGGCCAAGUGACGCCGCAGACGAGGCUCUUCACGCAAGCCCUCUUAGCAGGCGACCCGCAGGCUUGCACGCAAUUCCUCACCGAUACGGGCAUCGGGGCCCUCGGACUGCCCCAGGCGGCCCUGAACCCUGCCAUUGCGGGGGCGUUUGAGCCCGUGCAACUCGUGCAGCAAUGGCGCGCACAGAACUUCGCGGACACGCUGAUCUUCCUUUGGGGCAACUACGUGCCCCCGGGCGUCACGAACGUCACGCUCAAGGAGGACGUCAACGCCGCGGUCCGCAGCCUCGAGCGGCAGACCUUCGCGGGCGCGCCCUACUGCGACGUGGCGUGCCAGGCGCAGCAGCGGGCCGCGCUGCAGGCGCUGUACGUCGCCACCAACGGCCCCACGUGGGCGAACGACCGCAUGCGGACCAUCUGGGCCUCGGACAUCCACCACUGCUGCUGGCCGGGCGUCCACUGCUGCACCGCGGUCAACACCAUCCCCUUCAUUCGCUACGACGGCACAGGGGCGCCCGCGGACCUGGUGGACUCGCGCAUCCGCGCCCUCGGGUGCCUCCAGAAGGGCGGCGUCGUCUCGGUCGACCUGUCGCGCGCCGUGCGCGGCACCGACGCCGCGCUGCGCCGGCCCGGGGGCGCGCUCCCGCCGGGUGUCCUCGGCGCGCUGCGGACGUCGCUCGAGUACCUCAACCUGCGGGCGCUGGGGCUGACCGGGACGGUGCCGCCGGACAUCCUCAGCGCGGCGUGGCUCCGCGUGGUCCACGUCGAGCAGAACCAGUUUUCCGGGAGCCUGCCCGAGGCGAUGGCGACGGGCCUGGACCCGCUGAACCCGGCGUGGGCGGCGCUCCCGCUGCUGCGCGGGCUGCACGUGAACGACAACAGGUUCACGGGGCCGAUCCCGAACUCGCUCGCGCUCGCGGUGGGCCUGCAGCGCGUGAUGGUGGCCAACAACGAGUUUGACAACCUCCCCAGCACGCUGCCGGUGCUCCCCAACCUGCACGAGUUCGACGCCGCGAACAACAAGCUCACGAACGUCUACCAGCGCCCCGCGAACCUCGUCGCCGGGCCCCUGAGCGGCUUCGACCUCGACCUGUGGGACGACUUUGGCACCAUCUACACCGAGUCCACGGGGCUGGUCAACGGCGUCAACCUGCGGAACAACGCGAUCAACGACAACAUCACGCCGGACAUCGCGUUCCUGUCCUACUCGAAGCUCGACUGCGGCGAGAACUUCCUCGUCGGGUCCAUCCCGCCCACGAUCGGCCUCUCGCCGCGCGUGCGCGAGGUGCUGCUCGACAACAACGACUUCAGCGGGCCGCUGCCGGAGCCGCUCACGGACUGGAACAUGGAGGUGCUGCGCGCCUCGCGCAACCCACGCGUCACGGGGACCUUCCCGGCCACGCUCCCGGAGGUCCUGACCCUGCGCGACGUGCGCCUGGACAACACCGCGCUGUACGGGCCCAUCCCCGACGCGAUGGGCGACCUCGAGAACCUCCAGCGCCUCGACAUCCAGUCGACGCUCGUCACGCACGACCCGCGCAACCUCAACUCCCGCGGCGAGCCGCUGCCCGAGUGGUUGCGCUUUGACCCGUCAGGGCUGGCGCGCGUCACGGUGUCGCCCGUGUCGUCGGUGCCGGGCGGGGUCGGCGUGGAGCUGCAGGGCGCGCCGGAGGAGCCGGGCGCGGGCGGCGCGGUGCGCCGGCUGCUCGGCCUGGCGCCGCGCGGCCGCCGUGCGCAGGUGGACCUGUCGAUCAACCUCCUGUGCCCGCAGCUGCAGUGGGCGGGGGCGUCGGAGACGGUGGCGGUGAGCAUCGACCCGCUGUACCACCACUACGAGGGCUGCCGGUGCCCGGAGGGCUUCGAGCUGUUCACCUUUCCGCUGGCGUCCGCGACAGACCUGUUUCAGAGGUUCGAGUUCGCACGCACCUUCGGGUCCUUCGCGUGGGUGCCGAGCCUGCGGCCGAACACCCCCGAGGCCGACGAGUGGCUCCGGGCGCACGUCCCCGAGCGCGUGCCCACGUGCACGCGCGUGGACGGCGACGACGGCCUGUCGACGGCCGAGGUGGUCAUCAUCGCCAUCGUCGGCGCCGUGGCGGUCCUGCUCAUCGUCGCGCUCAUCAUCGUGCUGCUCCUGCGCCAGCAGAUCGCCGUGGCGCUCCUCGAGCGCCGGAAGCGCGCCGGGCCGCCCACCGCGGGCCGGGAGGCCACCCUGGUGUUGACGGACGUCGCGGACUCUACCAACUUCUGGGAAGAGCUGCCCGAGCAGAUGGCGCAGGCGAACGCCAUGCACGACGCGAUCCUCCGCAAGCACCUCGCGCGCUGGCACGGCUACGAGGUCACCACAGAGGGCGACUCGUUCCUGCUCGCGUUCCACGAGCCCUCGGACGCGGUCGGGUGGUGCAUCAUGGUGCAGCAGGACCUGAUGGCGGCGGAGUGGCCGGGGCUGAUCGACGACAAGACGGCCACCACCAACGCGGUGCAGCGGCGCAGCGUCGUGUCGAAGAGCGGUGGGGGCCACAGCCGCAGCACCGCGAGCAGCGGCGCGACCGGCGGGCCCCGUUCGCAAGGCACGGUCUCAGCCAGUGGCAGCGCCGCUCUCAGCGGUGCGCGGAGCGCGCCCCCGCGCUCGCACACGUCCACGGGCAGCGACGCCGCGGCGGACGUCACCGAGGAUUUCGUCGAGUCGUGCGGGCCGCAGCUCUUCCGCGGCCUGCUCGUGCGCAUGUCGGUGGCGACCGCCAUGGUCCGGCACACCGCGGUGCACCGCGUAACGCGCCGCCUGGAGUACUCCGGCGACUGCGUGACGCUCGUGAACGACAUUCAGGAGAUGGCGCACGGCGGCCAGAUCCUCGUGUGCGAGCGCACGAUGGAGGUCCUGGCGCGCUCGUCGCUCAAGACCCUGUACCACAGCAUCAUGGACGCCCGGCCGGCCAAGGCUCUCUCCGCGUUCCUCGCGAAGCUCUCGCAGACGAACGGCAACGUCCGCUGGGGCAACAUCACGACGAUCACGUCGCAGAACGUGCGGCACUCGGCCGGCGAGAACGACAAGUCCGUCGACAACGACAAGUCGUCGGUGGUGCGCGUUUCUGACGUCAGCGGCAGCCUUGGCGAAGACGUCGCCGCGAUGCGCAACACGCCGUCGCAAGGGCUCUUCGACGAAGCCAAGAUGUUCAUGGGCAACGGCCGCGUCCCGCCGCUGCCGCCGGGCAAGGCUUCGAACGGCGCGGUCCCGGACGGCGACAUCAUGGUCCUCGACAUGGGCGAGGUGGCCGCGGAGGGCACGGCGGAGACGUCGCCGAUCCACGUGUUCCAGAUCCUCGUGCCGCUCCUCGAGGAGCGGGCGCGGUUCCUGCCGGCGCUGCAGGGCAAGGCCAUCACGCCUGGCUACCUCGACGCGCCGGGCGCGCACGCGCCGCUGUCGCCGUUCACGAGCCUGUGCACGCACUUCAUCAAGUACAACGACUGCCACAUGUGCAAGGACCUCGUCGUGCGGCUCCCGGAGGUCGUCAUCGUCUUCUGCACGCCCGUGGGGAUGAGCAGCAUGAUGAACGAGCAGCCCGUGGCGGCGCGGCGCGCCCUCCGGAUGUACUCCUCCGCCGUGCGCCGCACGCUCCCGCAGUUCAACGGGUACGAGUGCCAGGAGCUCGACUCGAGCUUCAUGCUGGCCUUCGCGGACAUGAGCGACGCCAUGCUGUGGGCGGUGUCGCUCCAGGCACUGCUCCCGACGCUCCCGUGGCCGUCGAAGUUCCUCCAGUGCGACGCCGGGCGCGCGCGGUACCAGCCAGGCGGCGGGUGGACCCCCGGGGGCAUCCGCGUCAAGGUGGGCGCAUGCAAGGGGCGGCCGCUGCGCAUCGUGCCGCACACGACCACGGGGCGCGCGGACUACUUCGGCCCGCUCGUGAACCGUGCGGCGCGCAUGUGCUUCGCGGCCGCGCAGCCCGGGCAGGUCGUCGGCGCCGUCGACCAGCUCGCGGCGGGCCUCGCGAACCUGAUUGUCGACGACCACAUCACUGUCGGCACCGGCGCCGGCCCGGACGACGCGUGCCCGCCCGCGGAGAUGAAGCCCACGCACGACGUCAGCCGCCGCUCCAUGGUCGGCAGGGUCCCCUUCGUCACGGCGCUCAUCCCGCCGGACAAGGUCGGCAAGCUGGAGCGCGUCGUGCUGUGCGACGACGACGCGCUCCUCAGCCUGUGCGGCGCCGCGCGCGCGGACCUCGAGGCGCUCCCGGACGUCGCCCCGGAGAUGCUCGCGCCGCUCUCGCUCAACACGGUCAUGAAGGAGGCGGCCGACGUCAGGGAGACUGACAAGGAGAACGAGGCGGACGGGGCGGGGCAGGCCCGGCCGUCGACGGGGUCGCAGGCGUCCUUCGGCGUCAAGUCGAACCCGAGCAGCGGCGUGAGCGGCCGCAGCGUCGGCUCGCGCGCCGUGCGGUUCAACGAGAGCGGCAUCUCGGCGCAACACGAGGCCGUCAGGACCGGGAUGCUGUGGUCGUGGAACGUGACGCGCCGGCACGCGAAGCUGGACCACAUCGGGCGGUACCGGCUCAAGGGCGUGCAGGGCGAGUUCGAGCUCGCGUGCAUCUACACGGACGCGUCCGGGUCGCAGGUGCCCGGGACGUCCUUCCAGCGCGGCCGCAAGGGCACGAUGCUGGCGCCGCCGGGCGGCAACGUGCUCGAGGCGGACGUGCUGAUGCCCGAGCCGGUCCUCGUGGCGUUCCCCGCGGGCCGCAGCCGCAUCAGCGGCCUGCGCGCCAGCUACAUGGGGGGCAGCCUGCGCAGCAGCAUGGCCUCGAUGACGUUCGGUGCGGGCAACGGCGACCGCCUGUACUAG